CAAUUUACAAAUAUCUUCAAUAACAUAAAAAUUACAGUCCAAACUUCAUUUGCUCAUUUUUCUGUCGGACUCGGAAUAGCAGUAGUUUUGUUGAUUGAAGCUUCCAUGGCUUCCGAGUCGCCCAGCGCCGUUCGAAAAGUUGUGAUUCAUUUGAGGGCUACAGGUGAUGCACCCAUUCUCAAGCAACAAAAGUUCAAGGUUUCUGGCACUGACAGAUUUGCUAGUGUUAUUGAUUUUUUAUGUCGUCAACUUCAUAGAGAUACUUUGUUUGUUUACAUCAACAGUGCCUUUUCUCCAAAUCCUGAUGAAUCCGUGAUAGAUCUUUACAACAAUUUUGGAAUUGAUGGUAAGCUGGUUGUCAAUUAUGCUUGUUCCAUGGCGUGGGGCUGACUUUGGUGCCUAUAUCUGCUAGUACUUCUCAAAAUCCUUUCACCGGAAAGGCUUUGAUGCAUUAAGUUUUAGGAAGUAACCAUGUUUGAAGUUAAACGUGUGAAAUACUUAAUUAUGUUAUCGUGACUUGUUGAAUUGAACAGAAUUUUACAUUAUUUUGCUGCUAUAAGGUCACGCUGGAAGAUACGACAAACUGUGAAAAUCUCGAGAAGCUAAAUAGCUAAUAGAUUGGGGAGUUUGCCGGUUUCAUCUCUUUCUAACUCGUCAGACUAUUAUACUUCUGCAAAUGGUACAUUUAUUAUACGUUUGCUUGAUAUUGCUUGUAAAUUUGACAUGAUUUCUGUUAAUAUCUGUUUUUAACAGAUGAAUUUGCUUCUAAUAUAUCAAUAUGCUUUGGUCU